AUGAACCUCCUAUCAAAAAUCAUCUUCCUAACAACUCUCAUAUCCCUAACACUAGCCGCGAAACCACCACCUCAAGCAUUACUCAUCGGCGACGAUGGUCCUAGAUUCCAAUGCAGAGAUAUCACGUGUAUAAAAGCACUAGGUGGUGAUGGAUCUUGUCRUUCAAGUGGUUGUGGUGGGGGUUGUGAUGCUCAGAUGAGUAAAUGCGUGGAUUGA